AUGUUCCGUUACCGUCGUAGCGCUGACGUUCGUGUACGCCGCCCAUGUGUUGCGAUGCCAGACAGCAGAGCUGCUUUGCUUGUGCGAGUGUCCGACCAAGGGCUUUUUCUGCGUUGUGCCCCGAUGGCAUUGUUUCCUUCUUCGUGCCGCCAUUGA